AUGUGGGCUAGGGCACCUUCCUGCCCAUGGCCGGCCGCUCGCCCACCACCACCUUCUCGCCCACCACCACCUUCUCACCACCACCGCCCGCCCGCCCGCCAUCACUCUCUCGACCAGGCGGAGGAUGGGAAUGACGGGCACAACGACGACAAUGGCGGGCACAACGACAACGACGGGCAGGACGACGACGGCGGCGUGGGCACGACGGCGACGGGGGCACGACGACGACGACGGGGGGCAGGACGGCGAUGGGGGAACGACGACGACGGCGGCACCCUUCGCCCCCGUCCUCGGCCCUCGCUCGCUCACCCGUCCUCUGCCUCGCCCUGUCGCCCUUUGCCUCGCCCUCUGCCCCGCCAUUUCGCCGACCUCCUCCUCUCACCCGCCUCGCCCUCUCACCUUGCCAUCUCACUGACCUCGCCCUCGCCCUCUCGCCGACCUCACCCUCGCCCUCUCGCCUUCGCCCUCUCGCCCCCCGCUCACGACGACGACAGGGAGGGCAGGACGACAACGGUGGGGAGGGCACUCUGCCUCGCCCUGUCGCCCUUCGCCGCGCCUUCUCGCCCCUCGUCCGCCCCUCGUCCGCCCCUCGCCUCCCUCGCCCUCGCCCUCUCCCUCACCCUGCGCCCUCUCCCCUUUGCCCUUCCCUUUUCGCCCACCGCCCACCUCGCCCUCUCCCCCCCUCGCCCGUUCGCCCUCACCUCCGUCUCCUCGCCCUUCACCUCUUGCCCUCCACCACUCGCCAUCUCGAGGGGACCCUCCGACCAGCGAUCGACCAGCAGAGGGCGCAAACGAGCACCCGAAGAGGCCCAACGAGUGACGAAGGGCCCCGAACGAGCAGAGGAGGGGCAGAUGGGGGCAGAUGGAGAGCGCGGAAGGGGCGGAGAGGUCCCCAACCGACCCCAGCAGGCGGCGGAGGAGCGGAGGGGUCCCGAACUGACCCCAACGAGCAUGGCAGGAGGUGGAGAGGCCCCAGCCGACCCCAGCAAGAGGCAGAGGGGGCGGAGGAGCCCUAACCCACCCCAACAAACACGGGAGGGGUGGAGAGGGCCCCAAUGA